AAAAAAAAAAAAAGUUUGAGAACCACCGAGUCAGAUCUGCAGUGCUUAGUCAGUGGACUCAAAUUGUAAUUGCGGUAUUUCCGACAGCACAUGAAAGCAGCACAUCAUAUAGUCCUGCCCUACCAGGAAGUCGAGAAGGACCUGAGGACACGCAGUCUGGUCAUUCCAUGGGAUUUCCCUUUCUUGCGUCAUUCUAAUACACAAACAGAGGUGAAGAGGCCAAGAGAGGAGGAUAUCUUUUCACCUCAGUCAACAGCUACAUCUGUUCAGCAGAAUGGACAGUCAGGAGGUGGGGGAGCUACUGGGGGAGUGCCUUAAAGCAGCAGCAGCAGCAGCAGCUCAACAAUCCAUCCAGCCCACUGAGGCAGACAGGCAGAACUACUGCAGCUGCAGAGAUUCACUGUGUGCAGAACUGGCCUCUCUCCUGCAGGAGGCAAUGGAGAUGAAGUGGCCCUUUGUACCGGAGAAAUGGCAGUACAAGCUGUCAGUCAGUGCCAAUGACAAAACCAACCUCAGUGACCUCAUCAGCAAGCACCUAACUCAGCUACUGGCUGUUUUAAAGGCUUCCAUCUUGGCUCAAGAAGCGUGCACAGCACUGGCAGUGAUCUUCUUAGUGGACCGUUUCCUCUACUGGACGGACAAGUCCAGCCAGCUGCUAAAAAUCACCAAGCUGCUCCACAGAUGCCACCCUGACACCCCUGUGGCCCCCCAGCUGGUCAUACGACAGGCCAGGGUUUACCUUAACUCAGGCAAACUGCAGAAGGCAGAAUACAUCCUUAGCAGUCUGAUUAACAACAGUGGGGCCACAGGUUGUUGGGUGUACAACUCUGAAAGUGACAGGGCUCUUGUGCAGGCAGUUAGUGUUCAAGUGCGUGGAAUGAUUUUGCAGAAGCUAGGCCUGUGGCUAGAGGCUGCAGAGUUAAUCUGGGCCUCUCUGGUCGGCUACUACUCACUUCCUCAACCUGAUAAAAAGGGCAUUGGAACUUCUCUUGGCAUACUGGCCAACAUAUUGAUCUCUAUGAAUGAUGAGGACUUCCAUGCUUUUAGGACUAAUCCAGAUAUUGAAUUGUCCUUACUUGGGGACAGGAGUCAUCGUCUUCUCUCUGCAGCCCAGGCAGCAAAGAUGGCAGUGGUAUACAGCCAGUACACUUCACUCUAUGUGUUGACUAAUGUGGCAACUCAAGGGACCUGCUUGUUAUCUUAUGGUUUUUCAGUGGAGUGCCCAGACUCUCAAAAACAGUCUUCCCUCCUGGAGGCUAGAGAGGCAUUUGAAAUCGGCUUGCUCACCAAAGCAGAGGGUGAGCAGGUCACUAGCAAGCAGGAGCUUCACACCUUCCUCAAGGCUGCCUACUCCCUUACCGUUGUUCACAAAUGGCUUGGUACUCUUCAGGAGAUUGUGAAACAGGCAACACAAGCUUGCCAUAAAGCUUUCGCCAAGUUCCAUGAUUACUGUCAUGCAGAUAACCAAGACAAAGAUAGCCUCUGUGCUGAGAUCAUGCAUCUGGUUGCCCAAGUCAAGCAACUGUUGCAAGUGGAGCCUUUCCUUAAUUCUGACAAGCAGUCUUUUAUUCCUGACAGCUACAGAAACAUAAUAAACACAUCCGUAAAUUUCACUCUGGAAGGUUUCUCUAAGAUGAUGCAGAGACUCCAGAAGUAUCAUGCAUCACUGUGCGAGACCACCCACUCAAACUGUAAGGGAACUAAAGAUGAGAUAGAUGGGGCAAGGCUGUGUAUAACUGCACUGGGGACAACCAUUGGUACACUCAACACAGCAUGUAACACUGAGGCCUGCAGUGUGUCAAACGAUACACCCAAAAGAGAGGAGCCAUAUAACAGAGGUUCAGAUUCAUCGGCUGUACAUCCACUUCAAAAGUCUGACCUGUGUACCACUCAAAGAAGCACAGACAACCUUGGCUCUUCAUGGCAGAAUGUCUCCUUAAGUAAUUCAGGGUCUUCUUGGCGCAGCAGCAGUGGCUACACAGGAAGCAGUGCUAUUGAAGUUGGAGCAAAUGCAAGGAAUCAGAGCUGUCUGACCACUGAGGUUAAUGAUGAAAGGUCAGACAGCAUUCUACAACUCACUGAUAAAAACAAGAAGCGAAACUUGGAUGGUUGUAACUCUAUUGUCAGUUCAGAUACAGUCCCAAGAUUUGCAAUAUCUGCCACUUCCUCCUCCAAUGUGAGUAGUGAUUCAGAAAAGUUUGAAGUGAUACAAGCUGGAAUAGAGACAAUGGUUACUGAGGAGGACUGGAUGAUUGCUGCUGCUGGUGCAGCACAGAAACCAUCAGGAGCUGAAGGAGCACCGCAGUCCUUAUCCCAGCUAACUCUCAAAACAUCCUCCAGCUCCCUCAGUGAUAGUUUCAGUUCCCAGUCAUCAUGGGAGAAAAUCUCAGCUGACCUGAAUUCUCCCACAGACAGAAAACCUCAACCAUCUAGCCUAUCAAAAGCAGGAACCAACCAAAGCAGCAAGUCAUCAGAGUCUGAUGGGAGCUUCUUCCUCAUGGAAACACUUGAUUCUGCAACCAGUGAUUUAGCUCAUGAUCCCAUGUACAAAAACCACACAUCUAGAGGGGAAUUCAGAGCUUCAUCCAAGCCACAACCCCUGGAGAGUCUUAAUAUUGAUCCAAAUGCGGACACUGAGAUUGACUCUGUAUCUGUAAAACCUGCUGCCAAGAGUCCUUUAGCAACCCCACACCCAAACCUUUCCCAGUAUGCCUCCACCAAAACCUCCACAGAGAGUUCAUUUGAGAUGCUGGAGGAGAAUCAGAGUGAACACCAACACAAUGAAGUCUCUAUUACAGAAAAAGUGAAUGUCUCUCAUAGGAAGAACCCCCUGUGCUACAGCUGCCUAAACCACAGCACUGUAGGUAGUGUUGUCCCUAAAAGACAGUAUUUGUUGUCACAGCAGGAUUACCAAGCCCUGUUGGCUGGAGUUUGCAAUGAAUGUCUGCUGAAGAGGUUGCACAGUGAUAAGACACAAUUCAAACUCAAGGAACACAAAACGGUCCACAGUGCUCUUCAUUUAAAGUUCUCCAGAGCUAAUGGACUGUGGACAGCCAGGGAGACCUGUGUUUAUAUCGGAGAGCCAAUGGGGAUGAAGGGCAAGCAGAGAAGAGCAAUAUGGUUACAGUUUUUACACCAGGAGGAAAGGUUAAGCAGUUAUGUGGGGAAGGAUUACUUGGAGCCAAAGCAGAUUCAGUUUCACCUAAAAGAUGUGGAGAGACAGAUGACAGCCCAGUACUAUGUGACUGAAUUCAAUAAGAGUCUCUACGAUAAAGAUGUCAUGGCUCAGAUCUUCUUCAUUCCCUCAGAAGCACUGUUGAUUUUGAAUGGAAAUGAGAUAGUGGGCUGUGUAACAGUGGAGCCCUACAUGCUCGGAGACUUUGUCAAACUGACCAACAACACUUGGAAGAAAGACAAUAAUUUCCAGGCUACAGAAUAUGGCCUUGCCUUUGGACACUUCACCUACUUGUUCUCCAACCACCAGGAAGUUGUUGUCGACCUGCAAGGAUGGGUGACAGCCAAUGGCAAAGGGCUGACCUACCUCACUGACCCACAGAUCCACUCCACCAAGACUCCAAGAGGUCCCUCCAACUUUGCAGCCAGAGGCCUCAGGUACUUCCUGGAAGAGCAACAUGGACCAGAGUGCAAUGGUAUUUGCCAGCUGCUUAAACUACCUCCAGUGGUCAGACAGCCACAUGCUCUUCCUUCGGUACUUUGAGAAGUUGCAAACGUUGAGUGUUUGCACAUGAGUGUUUUUAUUCCUAAUUAAGUGAAAAAUUAAUGUUUUCAUCUCAUAAAAUAUGAGUAACAUGCCUUUGAUGAGAGAUUCUCAAAUUUAGAGAUUUAUAAUUUAGCGUAGAUGACUCCAUUUACAAACAUUGUGCUGAAUUUUUCAUAUAUUUUUUAAUCAGAUAACCGAAACAGAUAUAAAGAAACAGAUAUAAACAGAUAAUCCUGGUAACCUUAUACACACUACUUCAGGGACUAAUAGAUACCUCUUUUGAAAACAGCAGUUUUAAUUUUGUUUUAGUAGCCGCAGGAUUGAGAGUUGUGGGUUUAUAGUAUGAAUCUGCAGUGAAAUGAAGAGCUUUUGUUAAAUGGGUCAACAUGUCUGUGGAACUGAAAGAAUACAGAGUUUACAAAAAAGGCAUGGGUGGGGGAAAUGCAGAUUCCAAAAAUCAAUGUGUUGUUUUUUGUACGCAAUGGAUUAUUUGCCCCAAAAAGCUUAAUCCCCUGUCAUUGGAGGUUGGUGUUUAAAAAUGCAACAUUUUGUAAUGUAGCCACCAAAUUGAUUGUUGUUGUGUUUGAGUAUUUACUGUUUAUUGCAGUUUAUUGCAUGUGAUAGUUUUUUACUUUUGGUAACCCACAUUUACCUACACUCUAUAGCUCAGCACAACAUUUAUUCUCACAUCCAAAAUGCACUGAUGAUUUGGUGCAAUUUGAAGUGAAGAGGGACUAAUGGAUGGAGAGUAAUGUAGCGGAGUAUAGCAAAUGUCUUAUUUUAAUUUUGACCACAAUAUUGAGAGAAAGAGAGAGAAAUAUAUGUUAACAAUUGUUUACUGUUAAUCAUUAGGAAACAUGACUAUAAUAAGGUACAUAUGUUGUUU